AUGAAUGAUUUUAACGAAACUUAUGUUUCUGAGGAAUUAUUCCCAUUAUUCAAAAACAGGCUUCUGUCGCCAAAACGACCUGAGUAUCCAAAAUUCAUUCAUUGGCUAGGAUUGGAUGGAACAGAGGCGGAACCAAUUGAGAUCCUUGCUCGCUCUGGCGGUAUGCGUAGCACUGACCAAUUGCAAAUGUUUAAGCGCAUCGAAAUUGAUAGUGACGGAUAUUUUGAACAUUUCUUUUUUGCGCACGGAUUAAGCUAUAUGCCCCAUUCCGCUAAUGAACGCGUAUCUCACCUGAAUCCGGGAGAUAAACUGUUCCUGUGCCCGGAUGUGCAGAAUGACUAUGAUAAAGCUGCUGUGCUCAUUCGAACAGAUAGCCCACCAGAAAUUGUAGGGUACUGUCCUCGUUAUUUUGCCAGUGAUAUCAAGAGAAUGCUUCUUGAUAACGAUGAUUCUAUUAGUUUAAGUGUCGAACGUAUCAGUGCCGAUGCCCCUCAUAAUUACAGGCUUCUUUGUAAAGCAAUCGGGAAAGUGUCGAAAACUUUCCUUGAUCAGAUGAUUCUCCAGGAAGAAUUCCAACCAGUUGUGUAA